GGCGCCACAAUGCCGCUCUUAAAUAUUGAUAAAAAUAUCCUUGAUUCUAUGAGGAAUUGCAUAGUUCUUAUCGAACCAAUCGAAACCGAUAAGCUGAAGACUGUCCCAAGUGUCGAGAACGUGCCUCGUAAAAGGAAACCCCUUCAAUCCAUUGAUCUUUUGCGCUUACAGGUGGUCCUGGAACCGUUACCGCUGACCGAGUUGCUUGGUGGAUCCUCGCUGAAGAAGAGAAAGAAAGAACCGAUCGUCCGGAAAGUCGACAUCAAACAUGAGCUGGAAGAUGCCAACAAGCUGUCCAUGAUGAGGUUAAUCCAAGAGUACGAAGGUAAAGAUCCGGAUGAGUUUCUGGCGUUCUGUAGCAACCGGAUGCAGCGAGAAACCUGUACCAGCGCGACACUCCUAACCAUCGAACAAGCGGACACGGAUCUCUGGCACGAGCUGCGUAAAGGACGCAUCACGGCAUCGCGCAUGCACGAAGCCUCACGCUGCACUGUGCGCAAUGGAUCACUGACAAACAAAAUUAUGGGCCUUUCGUCGGGGUUUUCGUUGGCGAUGAAGCGCGGUACCGAGCUGGAGGGACAGGUUUUGGCUGAACUGCAAAAGGAGUUUCCCUCACUCCGACCAACCGGUCUCGUGCUGGAUCCGGCAUAUCCGUGGAUGGGCGCAUCGCCGGAUGGGAUUGCCGAUGAGUUUGUGCUCGAGAUCAAGUGUCCCUACACGCCGAAGACGUACGCUUGCUACGUGGACGUAACCAAACUCUCGAAGAAAUAUUUCGCCCAAAUUCAGCUGCAAAUGCACAUGACCCAUCGGACGAAGGCCUUGCUCGGGGUAGCGGCGUUGGAUUUCGAAACGACCAAAAAAGUCUCCAAAGUGUGGAUUGAUUACGAUAAGGAGUACGUAGCAAAUAUCAUGGAAGACUCGCUCGCGUUUUGGCGUGAAGCGGUGUUCAAAGCAAUGCUGCGGAAAUUCAAUAGAAAGUAAGAUCAACUACAGCAAAAUAUUUAGCCAAGAAGCUAGGUAAACUAAAGUGUAGAAACUCACAACAUUAACUUUGACGAAGUUUAAAGUGUACAAAUGAAUUGUUUCACUAGAGAUACCGGGGAUUCCUUUCCUCAUUGUUGGACAAAUAGCGGAAUAUGACGCCAACGCCCUAGUUUGGCGUUGUAUUCUCUCACCGGUAUACCCUUUAGCCUGAGGAAAAACGAAUAGUUGAAAGUGAAGAAUAGAAGAGUAUUCUAGCAAAAAUGUAAAUUAACGAAGGUCACUGAGACUCCGUUUAGGAAAUAUUCCAUGUUCAAUUUGAAAUCGAGGCAACCUAUGAUUCCUGCACGUGUUUCUGUUAUGCUCUGCUAACGAAAUUAAGUAAAAAAAAUCGAAAACAA